AUGAGAAUGAAAAUGAAGAACUUGGGCAUCAAGAAAGAUCCAAUUUGCAGUUGGAUUGAAGUAGGCAACACAGUUCAUACGUUUGUAGCAGAUGAUGAUUUCCAUCCACAAAUCGAGGAAAUAAAUCUCGCAUUGAAGAAAUUGAUCGAACAAAUCCAAGAAGCUGGCUAUGUAAACCAUUUAAAUCUAACAUUUAGUUGUGAUGGAAUAGAGGAAGGGAGGCAGUCGUACCAUAGUGAGAAGUUAGCGCUCACCUUUGGGCUUAUCAGCACCCCUUCUGAGAAGGCAAUCGGGAUCAUGAAAAACCUACAAGUUUGCAGUGAUUGCCAUUCUACCAUGAAGUAUGUUUCUCAGAUUUCAGGCCAUGAGAUCAUUGUAAGAGAUGUUUGUCAGUUCCAUCAUUUUAGAGAUGGGAAACGCUCUUGUGGAGAUUACUGGUAA